UAUCUACCCUAAAUAAAUGACACUAAUAAAUUUUUUAGUAAAAAAAUAAAAUAAAAUAAAUCUUUCAUUCGUAUGGCUGCUGCGUCGUCAGUUUCGUCUCCCACGUUUUGCCUCGCCGGCCGAGUCGCUAUAGUCACGGGAUCUUCUCGAGGUAUAGGCCGUGCUAUAGCUAUCCACCUUGCCGAGCUUGGAGCUAGGAUCGUUGUUAAUUACUCCACUAACUCCGUCGAGGCCGACAAAGUCGCGGCGGCGAUUACAUCCAGCUGUUCGAAGAACGACGAUUCAGAAGACGUCGCCGGUAAAAUUCCACGUGUCAUUGUGGUGAAGGCUGAUAUCUCGGAGCCGAGCCAGGUGAAGUCACUUUUCGAUGAGGCAGAGCGUGUCUUCGAGUCGCCGGUUCAUAUCUUGGUUAACUCAGCUGCUAUAGCCGAUCCUAAUCAUUCCUCUCUCUCAGACACAUCAGUUGAACUUUUUGAUCGCAUCAUUAGUGUGAACACAAGAGGUGCGUUUCUUUGCGCUAGAGAAGCUGCGAACAGGCUAAAACGUGGAGGCGGUGGCCGGAUCAUCCUCCUCUCAACUACACUGGUCCAAUCCUUACAUCCACACUAUGGCUCAUACACGGCUUCAAAGGCAGCAGUAGAAGCCAUGGCCAAGAUUCUUGCCAAAGAGCUCAAAGGAACACAUAUUACAGUGAACUGUGUUUCUCCUGGAGCCGUUGCCACGGAUAUGUUUUUUACAGGAGUGAGCGAUGAGAUUGUAGAGAAAGUAAAGUCACUCAACUUAUUUGGUAGGCUUGGUGAGACCAAAGACAUCGCACCUGUUGUUGGGUUCUUAGCCAGUGACGCUGCUGAAUGGAUCAACGGUCAAGUCAUCAUUGCUAAUGGUGGAUGUCUCUAGUAAAUAGACAGAGAGGUUAGUCUUCUUUUACAAUCAAAGCUUUUAAAUUUCAAACGGUGUAAAUUUGAUACAAUGGAAACAAACAUAUCAAAUAAUCUAUGAACCAAAUGAUUGAUAUUAA